AUGACAUUUUCUUCUUCCACGCAUCAGAAACCGGAUCGUCAACGGCGAGGUUUCAUUAAAUCUGAAUCAAAACGCCUGUGGAGAGAAAAAUUUAAGCAACAGUGUCUACGGCGAGUUAAAGAGAGUCGUAAUUUUGCUUUCAACGAACGAAGAUUAGGAUUUUGGAAUAUUGCAACAAAUCAGAAUGAUAUAAACGAAGAUGAAGUUGCACGGCAAUUGUUUGUAAAAAAAAUUCUUGAAGAAUGGAAGAUUUUUUUGAACGACGAUCUUAAUGUCGUUGAAGAUAUGUUAGAUGAUGAAUUAUUACAUGAAAUUAUACAAGAAUCAACGUUAGAUGAAUACGAAGCCGAACUCGCAAUUCAAUGCGAAGAAUACAUACCAUCGCAUGCAGAUGAUGGUCAAAAUUCCGACUUAAUGGACUUGGACGAA